GAGUGCUUCUCGCCCUUCGUGGGGGGCACCUUCUUCGAGGACGGUGGCCACCCUUACUGCGAGCGGCACUUCCACGCCCGGCGGGGGUCCCUGUGCCGGGGCUGCGGGGAGCCCAUCGCCGGCCGCUGCGUCACCGCCAUGGCCCAGCGCUUCCACCCCGAGCACUUCGUCUGUGCCUUCUGCCUCCGGCCGCUCUCCAAGGGCACCUUCCAGGAGCAGGAGGGCAAGCCCUACUGCCACCCGUGCUUCCUCCGCCUCUUCGGGUGA